UCAAAUUUGCUUAAAAGCGGUGUUGCUUGCACCCUCAGGUUUGCACGUGUUUUUGUUUCCACUCGCCCAGAAAAGAUUUAGCGUAUCACCGGUUUUUGGUUUUCAUAUAUUUUUAUUGCCUUUAUAACGCGUAAAAUAUUAGGGGUCUUCCUUAAUCAUGGGGAAGAAAGAUAAAAAAUUGAACAAAGUGAGUCCGCAAAAUAACGGCGUCGGUGUAGUGAAAAGUUUCAAAAGGAGCAAAAUCAAUGUGCCGGAGGAGUCAAUGAAGCUAAGGGAAGUUGUGCAAAAUUUUCCGAACAUUGUCAAACAGGCAAAAAAAGACAAGGCGAAAGAUGUGUUUCCGGAAGAAAACAAUGUCGAAGGGCAGAUACCUGAAAUCGUUGAGGGAGUCAGCGCUAAAAAAAAUAAAGGUUCGAAGAAAAAGAGAAAGCAAGCAGUCGACAUUUCUCCGGAACUAAUCGAACAGCCUAAAAUUGAUAAGAAACAAAAGAAAGCAAAAGGCGCCUCUACAAAGGGCCACGAAAAGCCCAAAGUUAUUGAAGCAGACAUUGGGAUUGAUACAUCUGAAAGUGAAGAUGAACAAGAAUCAAUUGAUGAUGCAACAGGAAAUGCUUCCUCAAAGUCGAUUUUAAGUCAACCUGAACUUGACCUAGAAGAUGGCUCUCCCACGAACAGUAAAGACGAAAAGGAUGCCGAAGUGAAACCGAAAAAGCGCUUUCCAGGUCCAGAGCACUCCAUUUUUAUUGGAAAUCUUCCAACUACAGUGAAAAAGUCAACAAUGAAAACAUUGUUCAAACAAUUCGGCACAAUACUAACCAUUCGUUUCCGUUCCAACGAUGGCGUUACAUUGUUCAAAAAAAAGGAUAAGAAAGAAUCGAAGGCACUAAAUUGUUAUGUACGUUUCGAGACCAGAGAAGAAGCAGAAGCUGCAUGCUGUAUGAACGGUGAAUUGGUAGAAGACAAUCGUAUCAGAGUAUCAUUGCACUCGCAAAAACAAGUUGGACAUAUCACGUCCACGGUAUUUGUGGGUAACAUCCAUAGAAAGACAACCGAUAAUGAAUUAUACGAUUUCUUCAGUCGAGUUGGUGAUAUCGAAUACGUGCGUCAAAUCGCUGACAGAUGUAUAGGAUAUGUCUGUUUCAAAAAGGGUGUUUCGAUCGCGAAAGCACUGAAAAUGAAUCAACAAUUGCUUAAUGGGCGUCCAUUGCGCAUUAUGAAGGUCGAUCCUAGUCUACAAUCCAAACGACGUAAUAAGAAAGGGAAUCUUGUCAGCAAACAAAAAGUAUUGACCAGUACAACUAAAAAUCCUCCGAAAGCAAACACUGAUAACAAGAGGAAGAUUUUGCAACAAGAAUUCCAUGGAACGGUGGCGAAAAACAAAAACAGGAAAAACACCCAAAAGAAAAAAUCGAGCUUCGAGAAGAAGAAAAAGAUACUCGCAAAAAAGCUCAUAGGAGCGGUGAGAAGCAAUGAAUAAAAGUUUAUAUCAAGA